AUGGCAUCUAGUUCUCACAAAGGCAGCAAUUACUAUGGUGCUGCUUCAUAUAGAUCAAGAUACGAUGCAACAGAAAAUCAAAUGUUAACAGAUACGUCUCAACAACGAAGAAUUCUCAAGCAUAGAUAUUACCUAAUUGAGAAAGCAAAAGAUGCUGAAAUUGUAGGAAUAUUGGUGGCAACACUUGGUGUUGCUGGAUAUCUAAGUAUGAUCCAUCAAAUAAAAGAGAUGAUUACAAGAGCUGGGAAGAAGGCCUACACACUUGUCAUGGGAAGACCAAAUCCUUCAAAACUUGCCAACUUUCCAGAGCUUGAUAUACAAAACAACUAUGGUCAGAAAUUCUGGCAGAAUGUGGAGUUUGUCUUUGGUAAAGAACUCAUGAAUUAUACUAAUUCUGAUGAAAUCCAGCUUCACAUUGAUCCAGUGCAUGCUGAACUGGAUGAUGAGAUUGGUGGCCUCUGCAAACAAGUUAGACAGUUAAAGAAUGUAGCCACAGAGAUUGAGUUAGAAGCCAAGAAUCAAAAUGAGUUUAUAAAUCAACUGAUAUGGAAUUAA